UUCUAUAUAUAUAUACACAUAAAUACUAAACCCUAUAUCUCUUAAACUACUCAAGUCCAGCUGCCUUCAUUUCUAUCACCUUAUUUAGAGUUACCAAAUGGCCUCAAACAGCAUGCAGAUCACUCCUGCAAUGAACCAAGUGAUUCCUAAUGAACUUUGGGUCUCCUUGGAAUCUAAUGGUAGCACAAUGAUGAAGGCCGUCAGGGCAAGCCAUGCUCCUGAUGGUCGCAAAGUUGAUGUCAAGCCGAUGCUCCGUAUCAUCGACAACAUUUUGCUUAGGGCUGCUCCUGCCAUCGUAGAGGGUACAUAUGAAGAUAAAGGUCUUCUGGAGGAGGAAAUAUUCAGUCGGUCUGAUGUGGAUGCCAAGCUUAAAACUCUUGCUUCUAUUAUUAAAAAAGUCUCCUCUGAGCUCUUUUCCCACAACAACUUGAUCCUCUCAGGAACAUUCAAGGCGAACAGCAAUGUCAAUCAGACCAUUAUUCCCUAUGGAAUGGAUUGCAAGUGUACGUGCUCGGGUGGCAGAGAUGUGCAUGCAACGAUUAUGAUGUUACUCGACACCCUCUCAAGCUAUUCGUGGGAUGCCAAAGUAGUGCUAACUGUAGCUGCUUUUAUAGUGAACUACGGUCACGAAUUCCUUCUAUUCACAUCAUCUGAAGCUAAAAAUUCAGCACUUGCUCAGUCUUUAGCAUUCCUUAAGCAACUUCGAGACAUUACUGACCAUGCUAAGUUCUCAAAAGCUAAAAUCGAUGCAAUUACUAAACUUAUCAAGGGCAUCAUGGCUGUAACCAAGUACAUUGUCGAAUUGCAUAAUCUACCCCCUGAGUCCAUUGCAACUGACGAGGCACCAAUGUCAAAUGCCAUGGCUUACAUCCCCAAAGCUGCCUACUGGACAAUGCUUAGUGUUGUGAUCUGUGCCUCGUAUAUUGCUAGUCUCAGCGGGUCUGAGGAAACCACGGAAUUAUUAGAUCUCUCAAGACUGGCUAGUGAAGGCAGCAAAAUGCUGGUGAUCCUGAAGAGCUACAAAACUAUUUACAAGGAGUACGAAGAUGAGAAAUGUAAAACAGCUUACUGGGAUCUCGUCAAAACUUUCUCCUCAACUCACUCGGACAACAUGACGGUUCUCAAAACCUUGCUUUUAGCCAAGGAUGGCAAGCAACACCUCGUGGGUCACACCAGUAAGAGAAUUCACAUUGAGGAAUUAAGGGAAAAGCAUGUGUUCCUGCUCGCAUCUGGCCUUGAUAUCUCAAAAGAAGAGAUUGAUAUCCUUGGUAAGUUGUACCAAGAGGCUAAAUCCAAGGGAGAGGUUCAAUAUGAAGUAGUGUGGAUCCCAGUUGUGGAAAAGACAAUCUCUUGGGACCAAGAGAAACAGCAAAAAUUUGAGCAGAUACUAGCCAUGAUGCCCUGGUACGCUAUGCCUGAACCUUCAAAGAUCAAAGCAGAGGUCAUCAAGUACAUAAAAAAUGAGUGGCGUUUCGAGAACAAGAUGAUUUUGAUGCCGCUAGAUAGACAAGGAAAGGUGGGGUCCUUGAAUGCCCUUGACAUGCUUCUGGUACGGGGAAACAAGGCUUUCUCUUCCAUCUAUAAUGAAAAAGAGGAAUCAAUAUGGGAGGCUCAACAGACUUGGACGCUUGAGCUACUUCUAGGCGGCAUUGAUAACAAUUUCUCCCUCGUACUUGACUGGACGAAACAAGGUACGAUCGUGUGCUUGUAUGGAGGAGAAGAUAUUGAGUGGAUCAGGGAGUUCACGAAAGCAACAAAAGAUGCUGUAAAGAACAUCAGUUCUGGCACCAGCUUUGAGUUAGUCUAUGUGGGCAAGAACAAUGCAAUCAAGGAAGUGGAAAAUAUCAUCAAAACCAUUGACGAUGAGAAUCUUAGUCGCUAUUGGAACGACUUAUCUUCCAUUUGGUUCUUUUGGACCCGAUUGGAGAGCAUGCUCUACUUGAAAAUGCAACAAUGCAAGAACUUAAAAAAUGACCGUAUAAUGCAAGAGGUCACAACUUUGCUCAGCUAUGAUGACAGUGACAGAGGAUGGGCUCUCUUUUGUAAAGGUUCUGAAAUGGCCUUGGCACAGGGAGAUGUAGCUCUGAAGAGCAUGAAAGAGUUCAGUACUGAGAGGAAAGAUGCUGAUCUUUUCCAGGCAGUAAGCAAUUACAUCAAAAAAUCACAGAAGAUACAACGUUGCAGCCGCAUUAUCCUCUCAGGGGACAGGCAGGAAAUCCCAAGCAAGAAGCUAAGUUCGGACGGAUGUGAGUGUUCCAUGGAGAAGUGCUUCGUGUAUCGUUGCUGCGCGGAUAAAUAGUCUUCGAGCAAGCUUUUCCCGUGCUCUGAAACAUCGACCUCCUAGUUCCGUACUCGAUUACGAGAAUAAUAAUGUGUGCUUUGUAACUUUUUUUAUUUUAUUUUUAUAGUCUAUCCUCUAUGGCGAACGUCCUCUUUCUUGAUAUUUAUAAUUAGUUGGGUGUCUGCUGGUCCGGCCUCCACUCAACAAGUGUGCUUUCUAUGUACUUAGAAGAAUGAUAAAUAAAUUGAAGAAUAUAUUUAA